CAUACUUUGUUAAUUUAGUAAUUAAAUAAUUGAGAUAGCAAAGUGACAUAACAAGAUACAAAUCACUAUAUAAGAUUCUAGUUUAUGAUACUUUCUUGGAUAUUUCCGGUAAUGGAUCGAGAUAAUGGUAAACAAUGUUAAAUCACCACGAACCGUCGAUCAAGAAAGCUUAUAGACCGUCCGAUGUCUCCUUUUGAAAACAUCAAACGAGCAAAACAAAGUGCCCGAAUUUUAUUAUUGGUUGUACCAAUUACAAUACUAUUAAAAGACGGCAAUGGUCCUACAUGCCGGAAAAAAAAAAUGAUUUUUACUUUUGUCUUUUUGGCUUCUUCUUCCUUUCCAAAAAAAACAACCUCUAUUUAAACUCCUUUGUUACACUCUCCGAACUCUUAGGCAUAAUCAAUCAUAGCAAGAAAGUGAAACAGAAGAAAACACAGAAGAGAAACAAAGAAACUCUCUCUUUCAUUCCGAAGUUUCUGUAAGAUGGACGUUUUCGAUGGCCUUCCUGACCCGAUCAUCGUCGACAUCUUGAACAAAGUUGGUGACGUCAAAACCUUACUUCGUUGCACUUCUCUUUCAAAAAGAUUCAGCUCGCUUGUCCCUCAGUCUGAGUCACUCAUCCUCCGACUCGACCACCCCGACUCCGAUUCACCAUUCACCAGUAUCUUCCAAUCCUUAUUCAAGUCCUUUCACGGUCUCUUCUCUCUUUUCUCUAAACCGGCUAAACCAAUCCCAGUCACGGCUCUCUCUCCGAGUCUCCCCUCCAAGAUUCUCUCCCCGUUUGACAAGAUCCGGAGUUUGGACGUCGAGCUUCACGGCGGCGAUGUAAAGCUUGAAAAAGGCGCCGCCGUUAAGUGGAAAGCGGAGUUUGGGAAAACUCUCAAGAGCUGCGUCGUUGUCGCCUUCCGUUCCGCCGCUACCGUGUCUUCUCCCGUCGCCGUAGACGGUGAGUCAGACGCCGAGUUUGUGACCGGACUGAAGACACGUGUCGUGUGGACGAUAAGCGCGUUGAUGGCUGCGUCGUCUCGUCAUUACUUGAUGAGAGAAGUCGUGAAGGAGCACGUGGAGAUGGAGAGUUUGAUCAUGCGUGACGUAGAAGGAGAGGGGACGGUGGUGAUGGACGCGGAAGGGCUUAAAGAGUUUAGGAAUACGGAGGCGCGUGUGGAAGACGAGGAGCGCGUGGUGAAAAAUAGCAGGAGUGUUGUCCCGAGCGUGAGGAUGAGUAUGAGACACGCGCCGUCUCUUAAACUUAAGAGUGGUAUUUGUUUAGAAUCUGCCACGCUUGUGAUCAUCCGUCCGAGUGGAGAAUAUUCCGAUGUCGUCGGAGAUGAUGCUGAGCUGGCGACGGAGGCUUUCGCCGGAGAUUGUAUGUACGGUGAAGCGGUCGUCGCUUUGUUAAAGUGCAAGAAGAACGCUUUAGAGAUGAAUUCAUUUUAAGUUUUUGUUGGGUCUCGUCAUGGGCCUUGUGGGCUUCUUGUGUUUUACAUUUGUAAGAAUGAUUUUUUUCUUUUGUACGCAUAUUUAAUUAUUACACUGUACAAAGUCUUUACCAAUUUGGUCAAUCUUUGGAAUCAUAUGCGGAUUUGGAUC